CAAGGGAACAGUGCUUGGCUAUGAUUUACUGCCAGACAUUAGCUGCUGGACUCUGAUCAGGGUGUGUUAUUACCUGUAGAGCCCAGAACACUGAAGCACAUCACUGAGAGGCUCGGAAACCAGAGGCAGGAACCGGAGCUCAGUCAACGGGGAGACAAGACGCCCAGAACACUGAAGAUCAUCACUGAGAGGCUCGGGAACCAGAGGCAGGAACCGGAGGUCAGUCAGCGGGGAUACAAGAUGGAUAGAUGUCAAAUGUGCAAAAGAAGGACAUUCCAUUUGAAAUGCUAACAUAGUACUAUUGCCUGAGAGAUGACGUCUGGAUUCCUUGUUAGCCUUGUAACAGUUGUUCUACAAGAAACGUAAAGAAGACUCAGCACCUGUCAUAAAUCUUGCUAACUAGGCCGCACAUAACGGCAAUUGAACGUCUUGUUGGAACAUUGUUGGAAAAGAAACAUCUUUAAAAUACAGAGUCACGAGAAAACCAAUGAUUCAAUUAAACGGUCACAUUACUACUACUGAACCCAUCCACAUCUGGCGGAACUGAAACAGCGACCACAUACGGUGUUCCUGAACUACAUUGUGACACAGUUCCACCACUUUGGGAGAUUCGAAUGAGAUGGCCUCCACGAAGCCUGAACCAAGAGCCAGUGCAACGCUCAAUGCCACGACCCGUGGUGUGGAUCAGACACUCUGCAACACGCAAACACUUAAUGGCUUCUCUUUAACUGAUUUAGAGGAAAGUCUUAAAGAGAUGACAAUGAACAAAGGUGCCAGUCUAGUGAAUGAAGUGACCAUUGGUGGAAGUCUACCAGAAGUCCUCAGUGAUCUCAUAGCCAUUCAGCGACUGCACAAGGAGACGUUACAGAAACAAUGUGAGAAACUGGAAGUGAAGACCAUCCUGAUGAAGGAGAAGGUGAGAACGUUUCAGUUGGUUGAUCACUACACGGAGUUAACUAUCAUUUCUGAUCUCCGUCACCGGAAACUUGAAGGACAUGAGCUGCUGGCGAGAGGCAGAGACCACGAGGAGUGGAGACAGAAGCAACUCCGGGGAGAGUUGGAAACAGUGCGAACUGAUAAACUGUUCCACAGCAGCUUCUCAAAAGGAAGUCAUUUACCUUCUUCUCAGGGAAGUGGAUAUGACUCUCGUACAGGGAUUUCCGCAGUUGUGAGUGGAGUGGCGGGGAUUGGAAAAACAACCAUGGUGCAAAAGAUUGUCCAUGACUGGGCCACAGGCAAAAUCUAUCCUCACUUCCACUUUGUAUUCGUUUUUAAAUUCCGAGACCUAAACAGAUUUCACGACAGAGCAACACUGAGCCGCCUGAUCGUGGAGCAGUAUCCUUACCUCAGGGAUGUUCUGGGUGAGCUUUGGAAACACCCAGAGACAUUGCUCUUUAUAUUUGAUGGUUUGGAUGAACUAAGGGCAAAGAUUGAUUUCGCUGACAGUCGGAGAGACACAGAGCCUCAGCGCAGGUGCACACACCCUGAAUUCUGCUGUAAACUUUCUGACAUUGUGUACAGUUUAAUACAGAAAAAGCUGCUGCCAGGCUGCUCAGUGCUGGUGACCAGCCGCCCCACUGCAUUACAUUUACUGGCAAAGGCUCAGGUCAGUGUCUGGGCUGAAAUCCUGGGAUUUGUGGGUGAAGAGAGAAGGGAAUAUUUUCACAAGUUUUUGAAGAUCAGGAGGUGGCGGCUGCUGUUUACAGCCAUGGAGGAGAACGAGCUCCUGUUCACCAUGUGCUACAACCCGUCCUACUGCUGGAUCCUCGCUCUGUCUCUGGGUCCCUUCUUUACACGGAAACACAGCAACAAACAGCGAGUUCCCAAGACAAUCACACAACUCUUCUCCUAUUAUAUUUAUAACAUACUAUCACAUCACAGUGUCAAGAUGGAGAGCCCCCGUGAUGUGAUGCUGAAGAUUGGUGAGAUGGCCUUCAAUGGAGUCUCCCAGAGAAACAUUGUCUUUAAUAAUGAAGAUCUGUUCAAAUAUAACCGCCAAUCCUCCCAGUUCCUCUCUGGCUUUCUCGUUGAACUUGUGGAGAGAGAGUCUUCAGAGCACAGUGUGGUCUACACAUUCACGCACCUCACCAUCCAGGAGUUUGUAGCCGCACUCGCUCAGUUCCUGUCUCCUCAUUCCAAAAACACCAUGUGGCGUUUGAUCCGCAGUGACAAGGAGAAAGACGGCCGGUUUGAGAUAUUUCUCCGCUUUGUUGCUGGUCUCUCCUCCCCGCGGGCAGCUCAGCCACUGGAGGAGUUUCUGGGUCCAUUUGUCCAUCAGACAACCUGUGCGGUUAUCGAUUGGCUGAAGGAGAAAUUUAAAGCUCAGAUCAGUGACACAGACACCGUCACUGGGAAAAGGAAACUGCUGAACACACUCCACUACCUGUUUGAGUCUCAGAAUCAAGCCCUGGCACAGCUCACACGCCAUUGCACUGUGUGA